CAUUUUGAACGCAAAAAUUCCGCUAGAGCUUAAAUAAUUUGUAUAAAACUAAAUAAAAUUGGAAUUAUAACGAAUUGUGGGUGCCAAACUAUAUAAGCAAUGGCUUUUGAAAAUAACGAAAACAAUGAGGACACUACAAAUGGCGCGAUACCUACAGAAGAUAAUGAAAUGACGGCCUAUUUAGAAAAGUGUCUACUGAAGUUGCGAGCCGAAAAUGCUCAAAAGGCAGCGGAGAUCGCCGAUAUGAAAGAGCAGAUGAAGAUGCUGCAGGCCGAGAAGUACGCCACUCUGAUAUCCAUUAUUCACUCCAGGAAUGUGGUGCCCAAUAUCGAGGUUCUGAAAGACAAGAACCAACUUUUAUUAAAUACGCUCAACCAGUUUUGUAUUCAGAAGAACAGUGUGGAUAAAGCCUAUGCAGACUACUGCAAGAGCAUCCUCAAGGGCAAGGAGGCUCUGAAGCAGAAGAGUCCCUUCGACGAAUUCACCGUUAUGCCUUACCAUGAACUGAAGAAGCAUAUCGAAAACAUAAAAAAAGAUGUGGAAGAGAUAAAUGCAAAUACUUCUUUGAUCGCCGAGGAGCUUAAAACAAAAAAGAAGUGGUUUAAUCUUACCCAAAAGUCGUUGGUUAAUGAAAUUCGUGUUUUAACACAUAUUGAACGAGAUGCCAUUGAAAUGGUUGAAGAUUUGAAAUCGGAAAAUUUAAUGGUCCAUGGCAACAAUUUAUUUUAGCUUCAGGUGCAGCUAAAAAGGCUUCAAAUAUUGUAGUGUUAAGAUAAGCAUUACAAAGAAUAUAAAAAAACUAUCUUAUACUUGUCUAAAAAAAAUGUAAAACACAAUGUUACUUUCAACAUAAGGAUACUUAUUUAUCCUUAUUUCUAAAAUUAAAUUUCAAGCAAAUAUAAAUCUGCCGCAAAAGCAUUUCAAUACAAAACACCUUAUGUCAAUAUGUUAUAGUUUUCUAAACUAAAGUCAUUUCAUUAAUAUUAUUUUGCUAUUUAAAUAAUCAUGAAAACAAAAAAUAUUCAAAAUACAUAUUUUUGCGUUGUAGCAGUUGUUA